CUCCUCCUAGUAUUUCUCUGUUAUUGCUUCUAAACCAAGACAGGAGAAAGGAAGAUAGACGGACAGACAGACAGACAGACUACGAGAGUUUUUUUUGUUGGUGUAAGAAUUUAAGAAUUAGUUUCCGCAAAUCAUGGUUUGCUGACAACGUGCUCUCCUUUACUCUCCUCAGUCCUUAUUAUUGAUUUGUGUUGUCCCUUGGACCUUUCUUCAUCGACAAUACAUCUCUCUCUCUCUCUAACCCUCUCUUAAUAAGUCUCUCUACCAACUAAACUAGUCCUUGUAUUCCAACUUUACCAGAAUAACAAACAACUUUAUAAGAAAUCUCUGCAUCAACUUCAUAGUCUUUGUUUCUUUAGCUUUUUUAGUAGUAUCGGCUAGCUUACUUUUGACAAGAGUAUAUAUCUCCUCAUGAAUAAUAGCUAGUGGGUUUUAUCUUUUAUGUCUUCAAGUGUUGAAGCAGCUUAGAAGAAAUAAAGAUUAGUAAGAGACCUUAAAAGAAGGAUACCCCAAGUUAAGAUUUCCCUUCUCACAAUGAAGACUACUACCAUGUCUUCAUCUACUUCUUCUACGAUAUCGAUUCCUACGCAAUCAUCAAACUAUGAAGAUGAAAUGUUUAUGAACAAGAAUUUGCUUUUCUCGGAUAGUGUCAAGGACUUGAGAAAUUUGAGAUCACAAUUGUACUCAGCGGCCGAGUAUUUUGAAGCAGCUUAUCCUAAUGACAAACAGAAACCAAUAUUGGUCAGCAACUUGAAAGAUUAUACUAUUAAAGCUCUUGUUAACACCGUCGAUCAUUUGGGCUCAUUAACAAAUAGAGUGAACCUUCUUGUUGAUGAGAAAGUUGAUGAAGUUUGGGCGACAAAAUUACGGGUCUCUUGCAUUGAGCAGAGAUUAAGAACAUGUCAAGCGUACAUUGAUCAUGAGGGAUUUGCUCAGCAGUCCUUAGCGAUAGCGACUCCGAAGCAUCAUAAGCGGUAUAUCUUGCCAGUUGGGGAAUCUGUUUUCUCUGCUGGGCAUACUAUAUCAGCUUAUCAAGGGAGUCGCUUAGGAGAUGAAGAUAAUUGGGAUAAGCUGAAGAAUGCUGUUCGAACGACAUUCAGAAAUGCUCCAUCAUCGUCACUUGGAAAUGUGUAUACUCCUAUCCCCACUAAACCGACACAUCAAGGACAAGCACAAGAAGAUGAAGAAAAUUCGAAAAAGUUGAACAACUUUGCAGUAAAAAAUCCCAAACCUUCUUUAGUCAGAAGUACACGUUCUCCAUCACCUACACGUAAAACACCACAACCUCCGGGGCACAAUCAUGAAAAACUGAAUAAUGUUGUUCGAGGGACACUCAAAACCCAACCAUCUUCGGCCGGAAAAGGACGUUCACCAUCGCCUACAUUGCUUUCUAUGCAACACGGUCUGUUUUCUUUCAGAGAUAAGCAAAAAGUGUCUGAUAAAGAACCAGACUCACCUCGCUCUAAAUUUCCACUCUUACGUUCUGGAUCUACCUCCGCUAGAUCGAGCCCAAAGAUUUUGAGUAGAUCUACAACUCCUAUCCCGACUAGAUCGAUCACUCCUAUCCUGAGUAGAUCAACAACUACAAAAAUCCCUUCUGGUAAUACAAGCAAACGGUGUCCUUCGGAGCCUCCGAAGUCAUUUAUAACACGUGCCUAUGCUGAUACGGACCAUCAAAAAGCCAGUGCUGAUAAGGACAACCACAGAGAUAUUGAGCAGCAUCAAAGUAAAAGCAAGCGCAUACUCAAAAACUUACUCAGUCGGCGCAAGUCAAAGAAGGCCGAUUUGUAUACCUUCUUGGAUGAAUAUUAAAAGGAACAGAUGUUCUAAACUGACAGCGGCAAAAACACUGCCAAGUUCCAUCCCGAUCGGUCCAUGGCGCCGAAAAUAUGUUCAUUUUUUAUUUGUCAGUGGCCAAUGUUUUUGAGGUGCUUUAGAAUCCGUCUGUCUAAAAGUGUUCUAAGAGGGCAGUUUAAGUGAAGCAUCAAAGUAGAUACCUUGUCUAUAGAUUGUUCUUUUAUCCUUGUUUUAAUACCCAAAUUGUACUUAACAUGUAGCUUUCUUUCGGCACAAUACCCUGACAAGUUUGGCUUUUGCAUCCCGAACACAAUUGUAUUUUAUACACGUUACGCCAGAAAUUUUGUACGAAUCAACUUAUGAAACU